UUGUGUAUCACUAAUUACAUAGAUCUUUUUGAAGGCCCUAAUUAUAGUUUGUUUUCAAACGGGUCUUUUAUUUUGUUUGUUUAUAGUUGCUACAUUUGUUUGUAGUUGCUACAUCGACAGAAGUCAGAAGUCAUGUGAAUUAAGAUGUCUGACAUCUUUAAGGAUACAGGAAAAGUGUGGGACAGACUAUUCGAUCACAAAGGGUUUUUAGUUGGGGAAAUAAAUUUCAUGGUUCGUGAAUUCGAGCAAAAGCGAGGAGAUAGAGAAGUCGAUAAUUUGUUUCGUGUUAUAGAAAAUAUUACUGAGAUAAAAGACACUGAAAUUGAACGCUGUAAACAAGUUGGAGAUCAGGCAUUAAAUAAAGCUAACAUAGAUUUAGCACAAGCAUUGGACAUUUGUAGUUGUUUCGGUGGACUAGAAGAAACAUACAAACAGGACGCCACGAUUGAAGAUACAAGGCACAAACGUAAAAUUGUUUGGGAUGCUUUUAUGGAUGGUGUCACAGCAAAAUAUUCAGAAAUAAAUAGCUCCUUUGAGGUGAAAGAAGAAGAACUUCGGAAAUUGUAUGACGAUUUUGAGAAAAAACUUCUAGUGUAAUAAACAAAAUGGCCACCAACACUGC